CUCGCUCGCACCGACCGCGUCGCGUCGCGCCUCUGAGCCACUCUGAGGUGCACUCGCUGUUCCUAUUAUUUUCGUGACGGGUAUUGCGCCGAAGCCGAUUCCCGCAUCCUCGCCCCGAGACGCGAGGUCCGGUCUCGCGCGGAGGCGGCGACGGCCGUUCGCAUCGCGCGCCAGUCCGCGCCCGAGGUCGACCGUCGGUUCGCGCCUAUCAAACGUUUUGUUCGCUUGUCGCCGGUGUUCGAAAAAUGAAAAUGCGACUCGUUCCGGGAAACGUAACCAGAUCGGAUCACGGCGGUUGACGGGAAGUCGCUACUUGUUUAUCGGACGGGUGUUGGUGACAGUGAGCGGAUUGUGUUUUGGCGUGCCGAUGCUACACGUGAAUGUGGAUGCGGUGCGGAGAGGUGUUGGAAGAUGCAUUUCAAGGAGGCGUUCACGAUGAACGAUCGUCCGAGCGAGCGCGGCCGCCGCAACUCCCGCUGCAAGGGUGUUGGCGUCAAGAUGGAGCACUUCCAGGCGGCGCUGGAUCCUCGCAAGCAGGAGCUGCUGGAAGCGCGCUUCCUAGGCGCCAAGGUCAGCGCAGGGGAGAUAGAAACCCAGCGGGCCCCCGAUUACAAGGCGAUGUCAGCUGGGGCACAAAUUCAAAUGGCACCACAAACCACUGUCAACACGGGGCAGCCACUACACAAUCAGGACUCCAAUAUGAGCACAGGGUCAUCAUAUAGUGAUAAGGAAAUUGAUGCGCUAACUCCUGAGAAAACGGCAGCUAUGCGAGGCUCCGCUGUAGGUCCAGGCAUAGCGCUGGUCCCGCCAAGUGGUGCCACACCAACAAUAGCUGUACCUGAGAGGAAAAGGAAACGGAAAGGUGAUGAAGGUGUUGGCGGGGGAGGAGGAGUGGGGGCCAAGCAGAGGCACAACUCCUCGGACAAGAGCAUUCGGGAUCACCUCUCCAAGCACCCCUCCUCCAGUCCUGUGCGGCUCACUGGCGCCAAAUCCCCCUCGCCUCAGGGCGGCAACUAUCCUAUGUACCCACCGUCACCUUCUUCAUUGCUGCCUUCGGGAGCGGACUUUUUACGUUCCACCUCUCAGCAGCGGCCUCACACAUCUGUUAAACAGGUUCAAACUGAACUGACAUGCCAGAGGAUACAAGAGUUAGAAACUCAAGCGUCGUCUGACUUAGAGCUAAGGAAUAAUAGAAUAGAAGAAUUAACAAGGAGUAACGAAGAACUGAAGCAUCAGGUUCAAGCACAGAGCAAAGUAAUAGAGCAACAUAAGUCGCACAUUAAUAAGUGUAUAGAUGUUGUGAAGAAACUAUUAAAUGAGAAAAGUACUAUAGAGAAGAAGGAGGCCCGGCAGCGGUGUAUGCAGAACCGGCUAAGGCUCGGCCAAUUCGUCACGCAGCGCGUCGGCGCCACCUUUCAGGAGAAUUGGACUGAUGGUUAUGCGUUCCAGGAACUAACGAGGCGGCAGGAGGAGAUCACGGCGGAGAAGGAGGAGAUAGACCGGCAGAAGAAGCUGCUGCUGAAGAAGCGGCCCUCCAACAGCGAGGGCGGCGGCCGCGGCAAGCGCGCCGCCAGCGUGGCGCCCGCCGCCGCGCCGCCCGCGCUGCACAACGGCACCGACGCGCCCACCUUCCUCAAGCCCGACCCGCUGCCCAGCAUGACCUGGCAGGAGUACUACGAGGCCGACGAGAUACUCAAGCUGCGGCAAAGCGCGCUAAAGAAGGAGGACGCGGACCUGCAGCUGGAGAUGGAGAAGCUGGAGCGCGAGCGCAACCUGCACAUCCGCGAGCUCAAGCGGAUACACAACGAGGACCAGAGCCGCUUCUCGCAGCACCCCGUGCUCUCCGAGCGGUACCUGCUGCUAAUGUUGCUGGGCAAGGGCGGGUUCAGCGAGGUGCACAAGGCGUUCGACCUGCGCGAGCAGCGCUACACGGCCUGCAAGGUGCACCAGCUCAACAAGGACUGGAAGGAGGACAAGAAAGCCAACUAUAUUAAACACGCGCUGCGGGAGUACAACAUCCACAAGGCGCUGGACCACCCGCGGAUCGUGAAGUUGUACGACGUGUUCGAGAUCGACGGCAACUCCUUCUGCACCGUGCUCGAGUACUGCAACGGACAUGAUCUCGACUUCUAUCUCAAACAGCACAAGACGAUCCCGGAGCGAGAGGCGCGCUCGAUCGUGAUGCAGGUGGUUUCGGCGCUGAAGUAUCUGAACGAGAUCAAGCCGCCCGUGAUCCACUACGACCUGAAGCCGGGCAACAUCCUGCUCACAGAGGGCAACGUGUGCGGCGAGAUCAAGAUCACGGACUUCGGCCUCUCCAAGGUCAUGGACGAGGAGAACUACAACCCCGACCACGGGAUGGACCUCACGAGCCAGGGCGCCGGCACUUACUGGUAUUUACCACCCGAGUGCUUCGUCGUCGGCAAAAACCCACCAAAGAUCAGCAGCAAAGUGGACGUGUGGAGCGUGGGCGUGAUCUUCUACCAGUGCCUGUACGGCAAGAAGCCGUUCGGCCACAACCAGAGCCAGGCCACCAUCCUGGAGGAGAACACCAUCCUCAAGGCCACCGAGGUGCAGUUCGCCAACAAACCCACUGUCAGCAACGAGGCUAAGAGUUUUAUCCGCGCGUGCCUGGCGUACCGCAAGGAGGAGCGCAUCGACGUGUUCGGGCUGGCGCGGCACGAGUACCUGCAGCCGCCCGUGCCCAAGCCGCGCGGCGCCGGCGCGGCGGGCGGCGGCGCGGGCGCGGGCGCGGGCGCCGCGCUGGCGGCCGCGCCGGCCUCCUUCAGCGCCGCCAACAUGUUCGCGGCCGGCUCCUCCUCCUAGCCGCGCCGCCGCCGCCGUCGCCACCCGGCGGCGCAGUGACCGUGCCACCACCGCGAGUGCGUGCGAGUGUCGCCCGAGGACUUUUGAUAGACUGUACUUUUUAGUUUUGAACUUUGUCAGUUAAUAUUCAGAGUUGUAAAAUGACUAAAUAUCAUUUACGGAUUAAAUUGUUUAAGAAUUAUGCUUACUGUUGACUGUAUUUAUUGAGCGGGUGAUAAAAUGUGAUUCUCCAUUUAUGAAUGGGUUUGUCCUUUUAUCACUAGAGAAGAAGAAACCUUGGGACUAUCCCUUGCAUAUUAUAUAAGUUAUCCCUAUUAAAAAAGUUAAAAAUA